AUGACAAUCACUAAUUCACAGAUAGACGAUGAAGGACGGUAUAAAUGCUUCUCAGGGCCAUUGGAGACUGAUGUCAAGGAACUUAAAGUAGAAGUCCAAUCAACAUCAUCAUUGACGAUUGGAAGUGCUAUUGCAGAUGAUGCUGAUGUAUACAUAGCAACGUGCAGAGCUACAGGAGGUAGACCACAAGAAACACUUACAUUGAUGCUAGGUGAUGAUCCUGCCCCGUGUGAUGGUUUUCUAGAAUAUACUCUUCCAGCUGAUGCAGGGUUCUCCAGUAAAGAGAUUGUCUGUACAUUUCCAGCUACUAGAGAGAACUAUGGCGAAACACUGAAAUGCGUCAUCAGUGGUCAUGACGUAUCUGCUCUCAAUGGAGAAAUAACAGAAAAUCUUGAGAUGCACAAUCGACCUUGUAAUGAUAUUGUGACUGUGACGUUUGAGUCACUUGAUCCUAACUUGAGGGUUACAUGCGCCAUUGAUGCUGCCAACCAACCUUUUCCAGCGAUAAGACAUUACUUCAUAUACGCCAAUGAUAUCCUGAAGCAUGAAUCUUCAACGGGAAUCAAUUUUGUGGCUUUAACAGAAUCAGAAUAUGACCUGUCAACAGAGUUUGAAUGUGUUGCAGGGAAUUAUCUUGGAAAUACAGCAAGUGGCAAAAAAACGUAUGGCCCCCAAAAAACUACAGAAAAAUUGAUGACGAGCCAUCCAACGACAGAAUAUGAAGAAGCAAUCGCAGGAAAAUUGACAACUAGCCAUGCAAAGACAGAUUAUGAAGGAGAGACCACAUCCAUCACAUCUGAGCCUACAUGCACUCCAUGUCCACGUUCACUGACUGGUUUGAGGUCUGGAGCAUCUGCUGGAAUAGCUAUCUUAGCAAUCCUUCUAGUAGUUUCUAUCAUCAUCAACAUUGUACAGUUCGUACUCCUAAGGAGAAGGACUAAACCAGAGUUCGAUGGGUCAAAGAUGAAUGAAAAAGGGUAA